GCAAGAGGCCACCGAUAAAGGUUGGGUGCCUCGUGCCGGGGGCCGUCGGGAGGGAGCGCGCCCUCGCCCCCUCCCGGGCCCCCAGCUCCUGCAGCCCCGUGCCUGGUCCCCCCUUCCCGUCGGCACUCCUCGGGGAAGUCCCGGGACUCCCCUCUGUCCCCCCCACGACCGGUUCCGCAGGUGUGAUGGUCGGCUCUCACGUGGACAUGGCACCUGCAUCUACCAUGGAGGGGGCUGGGGAAAAGCCAGGCCCUGCUGCCCCCACACCAUCCGCCCAGUAUGAGUGCGGGGAGUGCGGCAAGUCAUUCCGGUGGUCAUCUAGGCUCCUGCACCACCAGCGCACACACACGGGCGAACGGCCCUACAAGUGUCCAGACUGCCCCAAGGCCUUCAAGGGCUCCUCAGCCCUGCUUUAUCACCAGCGGGGCCACACGGGUGAGCGGCCUUACCAGUGUCCCGACUGCCCCAAGGCCUUCAAGCGCUCCUCGCUGUUGCAGAUCCACCGCAGCGUGCACACCGGCCUGCGGGCCUUCACCUGCGGCCAGUGUGGCCUGGCCUUCAAGUGGUCAUCGCACUAUCAGUACCACCUGCGGCAACACACUGGCGAGCGGCCCUACCCGUGCCCAGACUGCCCCAAGGCCUUCAAGAACUCAUCCAGCUUGCGCCGCCACCGUCACGUGCACACCGGGGAGCGACCUUACACCUGCGGCGUGUGCGGCAAGAGUUUCACGCAGAGCACCAACCUGCGGCAGCACCAGCGCGUGCACACGGGCGAGCGGCCCUUCCGCUGCCCGCUCUGCCCCAAGACCUUCACCCACUCCUCCAAUCUGCUGCUGCACCAGCGCACCCACGGCCCCGCCCCGGGCCCCGCCUCCAGCCAUGCGGCCCCGCCUCCCGCGGCUCCGGAGCCCGGGGGAGGCGGUAAAGUGUUGGUGGCCGAUGCCUACUUGCAAGGGCACCUUCAGCCCGGUAGCCCACCUGCACCCGCCGCGCCGCCACCGCCGCCCGUGGUGCCCGAGCUCUUUCUAGCGGCGGCGGAGACCACAGUGGAGCUAGUGUACCGCUGCGAGGGCUGCGAGCAGGGCUUCGGCAGUGAGGAGCUGCUCUUGGAGCAUCAGCCGUGCCCUGGGCCCCCCGCUGCUCCUCAACCCCAGGAAGCACCUGUCGAGACAUCCCCAGCCGAUCCCCCAGCGGCCCUGACCCCCACGUCCCCUCUGCCGCAGCCCCCUCCUGCCACCGACGGGCCCCCCAGCUUUGCUUGCCUCCCCUGCGGGAAGUCCUUCCGGACUGUGGCCGGCCUGUCCCGCCACCAGCAUAGCCACGGGGCCGCAGGUGGACAGGCUUUUCGCUGCGGGAGUUGCGACGGCGCCUUCCCGCACCUGGCCAGUCUGCUGGCGCACCAGCAGUGCCACGUUGAGGAAGCGGCGGCUGGACGCCCACCCCCGCAAGCCGAGGCCGCCGAGGUCACCUGUCCUCAGGAGCCCCUGGCCCCGGCGGCGGUUGCCCCGCCUCCGCCUCCGCCGGCCCCGGUGUCUGCAGAGCGGCCCUACAAAUGUGCCGAGUGCGGCAAGGCCUUCAAGGGUUCCUCGGGGCUGCGCUACCACCUGCGGGACCACACGGGCGAGCGGCCUUACCAGUGCGGCGAGUGUGGCAAGGCCUUCAAGCGCUCCUCGCUGCUGGCCAUCCACCAGCGCGUGCACACGGGCCUGCGGGCCUUCACGUGCGGCCAGUGCGGCCUUACCUUCAAGUGGUCAUCGCACUACCAGUACCACCUGCGGUUGCACUCGGGCGAGCGGCCCUACGCCUGCGGGGAGUGCGGCAAAGCCUUCCGCAACACGUCGUGCCUGCGGCGCCACCGUCACGUACACACCGGUGAGCGGCCCCACGCCUGCGGCGUGUGCGGCAAGAGCUUCGCCCAGACCUCCAACCUGCGGCAGCACCAGCGCGUGCAUACCGGAGAGCGGCCCUUCCGCUGCCCGCUCUGCCCCAAGACCUUCACCCACUCGUCCAACCUGCUGCUGCACCAGCGCACCCAUUCGGCCGAGCGCCCCUUCACCUGCCCCAUCUGUGGGCGUGGCUUCGUCAUGGCUGCCUACCUGCAGCGGCACCUGAGGACGCACACCCCGGCCACUCCUUCGGCCACCGCGCCCUCCACUGCAUCCCAGGUCCCUGCCCCACUGGCUGCCGCUCCAGCUCCGCUGGCCACCCAAGAUGUCCACGUUCUCCCUCACCUACAGGCCACUCUCUCCCUUGAGGUGGCCGGGGGCACAGGCCAGGCCCCACCCCCAGGCCCAACCGCUCCCAACUCCCAGACGUUUCUCCUGGUGCAGACUGCCCAGGGCCUCCAGCUGAUCCCCAGCAGUGUCCAGCCGCCUACCCCACCACCUCCACCUGCACCCCCUAAGCUCAUCCUGCUGCCUCCCUCCAAUGCUGGGGGUGCAGGUAGUGGCACAAGACAGGGCCCUCGGGCAGUGGGGAAAGCUGCCCAGGGACCAGGGGUAGUCUGGUUGCCAGGCCCCGGAGGUCUGGGUGCGCAGGGAGGAGGUAGCACAGGGGUCAGCGGGAGCGGGCAGAGUGUCAUAGUUCUGCAGAAUGUAGGGAGUGGGGAGGCAGGGCCACAGGAAGUGAGUGGGGUCCAGCUCCAGCCGGCCCAGGAAAUGACCACAGUUCAGCUCCAGCCGGCACAGGAAGUGACCACGGUCCAGCUCCAGCCAGCCCAGGAAGUGACCACGGUCCAGCUCCAGCCUCUGGCAGGCCAGAUCUCCAAUUCCAGUGCGGGAGCUGUGACUACUGAGGCCCCCAACUUGUUGGUUGUUCAGAGUGGGGCAGCUGAAGAGUUGCUCACAGGCCCAGGCCCUGGGGAGGCAGGAGAAGGUGAGGCCAGCACUGGUGUGGUCCAGGACGUUGUCUUUGAGACACUGCAGACGGAUGAGGGGUUGCAGAGUGUGCUGGUGCUGAGCGGAGCUGACGGGGAGCAGACGCGGCUCUGUGUUCAGGAGGUGGAAACUCUUUCCCCUGGCCUGACAGAGCCACCUGCCCAGGGCCCACCUGGACAGAAACUCCUCAUUAUUCGCAGUGCCCCUGCCACUGAACUGCUGGACAACAGCAGCGUUGGUGGAGGUACGGCCACGCUGCAACUCCUGGCUCCACCGCAACCUGCCCCGGUUUCUGUCCCCGCCGGGAUGCCUGUGGCUCCCACUUCCCAGAUGGUACAAGUGGUCCCUGCCGGAGGUGGACCCGGGGUCAUGGCUUCCCAGGGCCUGCCUUCCAUUCAGAUCGUUCAGACUCUGCCGGCAGUUCAGUUGGUACACACAUUUUGAGGAGACCCACUGGUACUAGUGUUUGCCCCACUCAGACCCCUACUCGCUGCCCUCAGCAGGGCUGGGGUCAGCUGCAGAGGGAAGGUGGAGCUGCCGGCUGGGCUUGCUAAUAAAGACUCAGAAUCUCC